AUGGCGGCCCUAGGCGGCGCGUGUACUCAGCUUAGACUUCCGGUUCCCGUGUCGCGUGGGCUCACAGACUAUCGACCAGUGGUCUCCUCGUCUGCAGCACCUUCACUGUCCCAUUCCAGCGGCGAAUUCUCCCGCAAUGGGUCCAAUUUCUCUCUAUUGCAAUCGUCGCUCACUGCAAACCGCCUUUAUGCAAGGCGUUUCUCGCUCAAACCCAGACGGGGAGAUCUUAGGCCGGUGAGUUACCGGCAGGCCGUCAAAGUGACGGCUACUGGGUUAUCCGGUGUGAACGGCAACGCGAACGGCUCGCUACCGACGGACGCGGAGGGAGCAGCGGCGUUGUCGGAAUCGCGGAACGGAUUGGGCGGCUCGGAAGAAGGCGGUUCGAAGGGGACGUCUGUGGAUCCGUUGCAGGGAGCGAGCGCGGAAAGCGGCGGCAAUGACGGCAGGAAGGUGGUGGUGAUCGGCGCGGGGUGGGCUGGUCUCGGCGCCGCGCACCAUCUCACGAAGCAGGGGUACGACGUGACGUUGCUGGAGGCGGGGCGACAGCCUGGCGGGCUGGUGGCGGGCUGGCGGAGCGACAAGGGGAAGCCCGUGGAGGUGGGCAUUCACGGCUUCUGGUACCCCUACAGGAACAUAUUUUCUCUAACAGACGAGCUGGGGUUGAAGCCCUUUACAGAUUGGACACGCUCCGCACAAUACUCCUCUGCUGGCUUGGAGGUGGAAUCGCCCAUCUUCCAGGACUUGCCAAGGCUUCCAUCUCCUCUGGGCACGUUUGUGUGGACGCAGUUCAAGCGACUGCCUCUGGCGGAUAGGCUGUCAGCACUCGCCCUCAUGUACGCCAUGGUUGACUUUGACAACAGUGACGAUGCAUGGCGCCGAUACGACAGAUUGACGGCCAGGCAGCUGUUCAAGCAGUAUGGGUGCACGGACCGGGUCUACAGGGAAGCCUUCAACCCCAUGCUGCUCGUGGGGCUGUUCGCUCCUGGCGAGCAGUGCAGUGCUGCUGCAACGCUUGGAAUGCUCUACUAUUUCAUUCUGGCACAUCAGGCCGACUUUGAUGUGGUGUGGUGUCGGGGCACAGUGGGCGAGACCAUCUUCGCCCCCUGGAUCCGAAGCAUGGAAGCUUCCGGGAACUUCCGCUUCCUGCCCAACCGCCGCGUCACAGACAUUGCAACGGCUGAGAACGAUCCGGACAGAGUCACAGCGGUGGUGUGCGGUGACGAGGUGUUUGCAGCCGAUGCAGUGGUGUCAGCUGUGGGCAUCUCAGGCCUCAAGAACAUCGUCGCAUCAAGCCCAGCACUGUCCAGCAGGAAGGAGUUCCUGGGAGUGGCAAAUCUGGGGGCGAUUGACGUGCUGGCAGUGCGGUUGUGGCUCGACAGGAAGAUCAACAUUCCCAAGCCAUCCAACGCGUGUUUCGGUUUUGACGAGACAACAGGGUGGACCUUCUUUGAUCUCAACGCCAUCCACGACGAGUACAGGGAUGAGCCCUGCACCGUCGUUGAGGCCGACUUUUACCACGCGAACCAAUACCUGCCCAUGUCAGAUGAAGCCAUAGUGGCAACAGUCAUGCGCUACCUCACCACCUGCCUCCCUGCCUUCGCCUCUGCCCAAGUCGCCGACAGUGCUGUCGUGCGCUUCCCGAGAGCCGUCACCCACUUCUCCCCAGGCUCCUACCAGCACCUCCUCCCAGCCACCACCAGCUUCACCAACCUCUUCAUGGCUGGCGACUGGAUCGUGACUCGCCACGGCUCCUGGUCGCAGGAGAAGGCGUAUGUGACCGGGCUAGAGGCAGCGAACCGGGUCGUGCGGCUGGUGGGGGAGGGGGAGCCAGCGACGAUAAUCCCGGUGGAGCGGGACGAGGAGCACAUAGAGCAGCUGAGGCAGCUCAACCAGUCGGCCAAGCAGGUCAUCAACCUGCUGCCGUUUGCUGGUGCUCUCCUGGAAUGA